CGUAUGGAGCAGAAAGAGCUGCUACACUCUGAGAUCAAACACAGGCUGAGAGACAGAAGUCCUUUCUCUCAGUGAAAUGCUGCUCCUGGCACUGGCAUUGCCUGCAGUUCUCUUCCCAGGUGGUGACACUCAGGACGACUUCCAGGGUCCGACCACUUUCCACGUCAACCAAAUCACAUCCUUUGCCAACAGCACCUGGGCACAAUAUCAAGGCUCAGGCUGGCUGGGUGACUUGCAGCUUCAGAGGUGGGACAGUGGCUCAGAAACUGCUGUAUUCCUGAAGUCCUGGUCUAAGGGCAACCUCAGCGAUGAAGUGAUAUCUGGGCUGGACGUGCUAUUCCAAGUCUACUUCAUUGGAUUCAUCUCAGAAGUGCAAGAACUCGCAAGUGAAUUCGAAGUGGAAUACCCCUUUGAGAUCCAGGGCAUCGCAGGCUGUGAAUUGCAUUCUGGGGAUGCCACCCUAAGCUUCUUGAAGGGAGCUUUAGGAGGACUGGAUUUCCUGACCAUCACAAAUCAUUCAUGUCUGCCUGCACCAGAGGGUGGCACCAGGGCACAGAUGUUCUGCAUAUUCAUCUCUCAGUACAAAGCUAUCUGUGACAUUAUAGAUAAGCUCCUUAUAGAAAUUUGCCCUCAAUAUCUCUUGAGCAUCCUUGAAGCAGGGAAGACAGAUCUACAGAAACAAGUGAAACCGGAGGCCUGGCUGUCCCAGGGGCCCAGCCCUGGGCCUGGCUGUCUGCAGCUGGUCUGCCAUGUCUCUGGCUUCCACCCAAAGCCCGUGUGGGUGAUGUGGAUGCGGGCUGAGCAGGAGCAGCCUGAAACUCAGAGAGGGGACAUCCUGCCCAAUGCUGAUGACACAUGGUAUCUCCAAGUGACCCUGGAUGUGGCAGCUGAGGAGGCUGCUGGGCUGUCUUGCCGAGUGAAGCACAGCAGUCUGGGAGGGCAGGACAUCGUCCUCCACUGGGGACAGCCUAUGUCCAUUGGCUGGAUCAUUCUGGCAAUAAUACUGCCCUGCUUGAUGGUGUUGGUGUGCUUUGCUGUAUGGCUUUUCAGACGCUGGUCUUAUGAGAACAUCUUGUAAGCUGUCACUGUGUCAUCUCAGAGUUGAAAUCAGUCCUGAGAGGCCCACAAACUUGCAUUUUCAGCCUAGGUAUCACUCUUCUUAUAUUUUUUCAAAUAACCAAUAUUUUUAAUCAACUCAAAGUUCCAAAAUUGUAGAGUAACUUAUAGACUAGCAAAAAGCAAAGAACUAGAAAUUAAUUUUGAUAUACUGUCAAUAGUAGAAUCCACCCACAUUUGAUCAUUUAUUAGGUUUUCAAUCAUUUAUUGUUUUUGAAGUAAAAAUGUGUUUUGUGUAUUUUUCAUUUUGUUAGUAUUGCGAGUCACACUUUGUUAGUUUCAUAUCACAAUAAAAAUUUAAUUUCUUAAAUGUACCAUUCUUGUUUGUAAUAUAUGUGUUUGGAUUCAGCCUGUAAA